AUGUGGCCCGAUGCGGCCGUGGUUGCCUUUCAGAUCGCCAUUCCCAACAACGUGAGGCUGAGAUGCAUCUCGUGGAACAAGGACCAGGGCUUCAUCGCGUGCGGCGGCGAGGACGGGCUGCUGAAAGUCCUGAAGUUAGAGACCCAGACAGAUGAUGCGAAAUUGAGGGGUCUUGCAGCUCCUAAUAACCUCUCUAUGAAUCAGAAUCUUGAAGGUCAUAGUGGUUGUGUUCAAGUUGUCACGUGGAAUGAGCAAUAUCAGAAGUUGACUACCAGUGAUCAAAACGGGCUAAUCAUUGUUUGGAUGUUUUAUAAAGGCUCUUGGUAUGAGGAAAUGAUCAACAAUAGAAACAAAUCCGUGGUUCGGAGCAUGAGCUGGACUGCGGACGGACAGAAGAUCUGCAUUGUGUACGAAGACGGGGCUGUGAUAGUCGGCUCCGUGGAUGGGAAUCGCAUUUGGGGAAAAGACCUGAAGGGUGUACAGUUGUGGCAUGUAGCAUGGUCCGCUGAUGGUAAAGUCUUACUUUUUGGAAUGGCAAAUGGAGAAAUACACAUUUAUGAUAGUCAAGGGAACUUUAUAAUGAAAAUGAAGCUGAACUGUUUGGUGAAUGUCACUGGAGCAAUCAGCAUUGCAGGAAUUCACUGGUACCACGGUACAGAGGGCUACGUGGAGCCCGACUGCCCCUGCCUGGCUGUUUGUUUCGACAAUGGCAGGUGCCAAAUAAUGAGACACGAGAAUGACCAAAAUCCUGUUUUAAUCGACACUAGCAUGUACGUCGUAAGUAUCCAGUGGAACCACACGGGCAGCGUGCUGGCCGUGGCAGGCUCCCAGAAGGCCGGCACUCCUGAUAAAGAGGCCAACAUCGUGCAGUUUUACACUCCAUUUGGUGAGUCUCUAGGAACUUUGAAGGUUGCUGGGAAGCAGAUAUCUGCGCUGUCUUGGGAAGGAGGUGGACUGAAGAUCGCGCUAGCUGUUGAUUAUUUUAUAUAUUUUGCAAAUAUUCGACCUGAUUAUAAGUGGGGUUAUUGCUCAAAUACCGUAGUUUAUGCUUAUACCAGACCUGAUCGUCCUGAGUACUGUGUUAUAUUUUGGGACACGAAAAACAAUGAGAAAUACAUUAAAUAUGUGAAGAGUCUCAUUUCUAUUACUACCUGUGGAGAUUUCUGCAUUUUGGCUACGAAAGCUGAGGAACACCCUCAGUUUAUACUAGUUCUUUGCAAUUCUAUUGGUACACCGUUGGAUCCCAAAUACAUUGAUAUUGUACCAUCAUUUGUUGCAAUGACGAAAACCCAUGUGAUAGCGGCUUCAAAAGAAGCAUUUUAUAUCUGGCAAUACCGUGUGUCAAAGAAGCUCACAGCGUUGGAAAUUAAUCAGUUGAUACGGCCUCGGAAAGAAGGGAGAGAAAGAAUUUAUCAUGUUGAUGAUACGCCUUCUGGAUCAGUGGAUGGGGUGCUUGAUUAUAGCAAAGCCAUUCAAGGCACAAGGGAUCCAAUUUGUGCCAUAACUGCAUCUGAUAAGAUGUUGAUUGUGGGUCGUGAAUCUGGCACCAUUCAGAGAUACAGUCUUCCUAAUGUCGGUUUGGUUCAAAAAUAUUCCCUUAACUGUCGAGCCAGCCAGUUGUCGCUGAAUUGCAACUCCAGUCGUCUUGCCAUCAUAGACCACUCAGGAGUUCUAACUUUCUUUGACUUGGACGCUCGGGUGACAGACAGCACGGGACAGCAAGCCAUCGGCGAGCUGUUGAAAUUGGAGAGAAGGGAUGUCUGGGACAUGAAGUGGGCCAAAGAUAAUCCUGACUUGUUUGCAAUGAUGGAGAAGACAAGGAUGUAUGUUUUCAGAAACUUGGAUCCUGAGGAACCCAUUCAAACUUCUGGAUAUAUUUGUAACUUUGAGGAUUUAGAAAUUAAAUCUGUUUUAUUGGACGAGAUAUUAAAGAAUCCAGAACACCCCAACAAGGAUUACAUAAUUAACUUUGAGAUUCGGUCCCUGCGAGACAGUCGAGCAUUGAUUGAGAAGGUUGGAAUUGAAGACGCAUCUCAGUUCAUAGAGAACAAUCCUCACCCCCGACUCUGGCGCCUGCUGGCUGAAGCCGCGCUACAGAAACUGGACCUGCAGACCGCAGAGCAGGCGUUCGUGCGCUGCAAGGACUACCAGGGCAUCAAGUUUGUGAAGCGUCUGGGCAACCUGCAGAGCGAGACCAUGAAGCAGGCGGAGGUGGCGGCCUACUUCGGCAGGUUCGAGGAGGCCGAGCGGAUGUACCUCGAUAAGGACAGAAGGGAUCUUGCUAUUGGCCUUCGGCUGAAAUUGGGAGAUUGGUUUAGAGUACUCCAACUCCUGAAAACUGGGUCUGGUGAUGCAGACGACAGUCUCCUUGAACAAGCCCACAAUGCCAUCGGAGACUACUUUGCUGACCGACAGAAGUGGCUGAGUGCUGUACAGUAUUAUAUACAAGGCCAAAACCAGGAACGCUUAGCCGAAUGUUAUUACAUGUUAGAAGAUUAUGAGGGAUUGGAGAGUCUCGCCAGUUCACUUCCAGAAAACCACAAGUUACUUCCAGAAAUAGCACAGAUGUUUGUGCGAGUUGGAAUGUGUGAACAAGCAGUGACCGCAUUUUUGAAAUGUAAUCAACCAAAGGAAGCGGUAGACACCUGUGUACAUCUCAACCAAUGGAACAAAGCUGUCGAAUUGGCUAAAAAUCAUAGUAUGAAAGAAAUUGGAUCCCUGCUAGCGAGGUAUGCAGCUCACUUGCUGGAAAAGAAUAAAACUCUUGAUGCCAUAGAACUCUACCGGAAAGCCAAUUACUUCUAUGAUGCUGCUAAACUGAUGUUUAAGGUUGCAGAUGAAGAGGCAAAGAAAAGAGCUAAACCUUUACGUGUCAAGAAGCUCUAUGUCCUGUCAGCCUUGCUUAUAGAGCAGCACCACGAACAAAUGAAAAACGCGCAGCGAGGAAAGGUCAAAGGCACGAGCUCGGAGGCCACUUCGGCUCUGGCCAGCCUGCUGGAGGAAGAGGUUCUGUCGGCGUCCAGCCGGUUCACAGACAACGCUUGGCGAGGGGCCGAGGCCUACCACUUCUUCCUCCUGGCGCAGAGGCAGCUCUACGCGGGCUACGUGGACAGUGCUCUGAAGACAGCUCUUCACCUGAGAGACUAUGAAGACAUUAUCCCUGCUGUUGAAAUCUACUCUCUGUUAGCACUCUGUGCUUGUGCCAGUAGAGCUUUUGGUACUUGUUCAAAAGCUUUUAUUAAACUUGAAUCUUUGGAGAGCCUCAGUUCUGAACAGAAACAGCAAUAUGAAGAUCUUGCUCUAGAAAUCUUCACCAAACAUACUCCAAAAGAUAACAGAAAAUCGGAAUUGGACAGCCUUCUUGAAGGAGGGGAAGGGAAACUGCCCACAUGUGUUGCCACAGGAAGCCCGAUCACUGAGUAUCAGUUCUGGAUGUGCAAUGUGUGCAAGCACUGUGUUUUGGCUCAGGAAAUAAGUAACUACAACUUCUGUCCCUUAUGCCACAGCUCAGUGGGAUAAAGAAAUGACAAGUCGCGUGUAACUGUAAAAUAUAGGCAGCAUAUAUGCAUAGAUAUAACUGUAUAUAUGAUACUAUGGAAAUAUUCUGAAUAAAAUUUUUCUCUCGCAGUG